AGUGCUCUCUUUUGCUUCGUUACAAUUCUAGCGAAUCGACCGUGGAAAGCGUACUAGUAUAAGAAUCGCUUGGAGUGUGCAGGGGCAUGGCAUCAACAUUGUGGUGCAGAGCCUCCUCGUCGAUCGUCUCCGGUUCUUCUGCUUCCGCGCCGCUCCGGCGUCGUCUGCCCUUGGUUGGGGCCUUCUGUGUGCUGAGUUUGGGUCUCGCCAAUCUCAGCCCAACACUCUCUUCUUCCUUCAAGACGGGGUGCGCAAAGUCUCUCCCUUUCGUUCCGCUCCUCCGAUCAAGGUUUGGUAGCCAAUCGUCAGCCAGAGCUCUUCACUCAACUGGAAUGGAAGGCAGUUCUAGCACUGUACCAAGUAUCGUGGUUUAUGUUACUGUCCCAAAUAAAGAAGCAGGAAAGAAACUGGCAGAGAGCUUAGUUAAAGAAAAGCUUGCAGCAUGUGUCAACAUAGUACCAGGAAUAGAGUCAGUUUACCAAUGGAAGGGUGAGAUCCAAACAGACAGUGAGGAACUACUUAUAAUCAAGACCCGGGAAUCUCUUUUGGAAGCUCUGACAGAACAUGUUAAAGGCAACCAUGAAUACGAUGUUCCCGAAGUCAUUGCAUUGCCCAUCAAGGGCGGCAGUCUUCAAUACCUGGAAUGGAUCAAAACCAGUACGAGGGAGUAAUCCUGUUAUGCACAGGAAGGGACCUGCCCUGGCUUUUGAACUCUACAGUGCAUGGUAGUGCCGUUGUGGAUUGGAUCUUUUUUUCUUUUCUGUUUUUAGUGCAUCUGUAGUUGUGUAUGCAGGAUUAACUGGAUUAAAAAGAAAUCUCUACGAAAGUGCAUCUUUUGUUUUGUAAGCA